UCAGAGCCCGCGGUCUCCGGCAGCCCCUGAUCACCGUUGCCCGAGGUCCCCACGCUCCGAGGUCCCCGCGGCCCGUGGUCCCCGCGCUCCGAGGUCUCGGUGGCCCGAGGUCCCCGCGGCCUCGGCUCUCGCGCCCACCAUGCUACUGAGAAGUCCUGGCCUGCUCUUACUGCUGCUCAGUGGCCUGCGAGCUGCUACUCAAGAAAAAGAAGUCAGAGCGAUGGUAGGCAGCACCGUUGAGCUCAAAUGCAUCUACCCCGAAGAAAACAGUUUUGAUUUAAAUGACCUGUAUGUCUAUUGGCAAAUCAGUGGGUCAAACACCGUUGUGACUUACUACCUUCCCAAGAACAGCUCUGCAGGCCACGAGAACAACCACUACAAGAACCGGGCCCACCUGUCGCUGGACAGCAUGAAGCAGGGGGACUUCUCUCUGAGCCUGCAAAAUGUUACGCCCCAGGAUGCCCAGAAGUUCAACUGCCUGGUGUUUAGGGAAUCCUUGCAGUUAGGGAAGAUUCUGGAAAUGGAGGUCAGCCUGCACGUGGCAGCUAACUACAGCCUGCCAGUCAUCAGCACCCCCAGCAGUGAGUCCAGAGACCCGGAGCUUACCUUUACCUGCAGGUCCACGAAUGGCUAUCCGAGGCCCAAUGUGUACUGGAUCAACGAGACGGACAACAGCCCGCUGGACAAGGCUCUGCAGAACGACACGGUCUCUUUGAACUCACAAGGCUUGUACGAUGUGGUCAGUAUCCUGAGGAUCCCAUGGACCCCCAACAUGAAUGUCGGCUGUUGUGUAGAGAACGUGCUUCUGCACCAGAACCUCACUGGCAGGAGCCAGACAGAACGUUCCAGUGGAACAGAGGGAAGAAUCACAGAGACCCCAGACAGUCUCCAGAAGGAGGACAAUGUGGUCAUUUUCAUCACCCUCGCUCUCCUGUUGGUGUCAGUGAUAGUGGCUGUGGUCAUCUAUAUGGGCAAAAGCAAAUGUCCCCACAGAAACUACACAGGUGCCCAGGCUGCAACAGUGGUGUGUGAGCUCACAGGUAAGUUUGCCUCCCAGAGGAAGCAGGCUACCUGGGUGUGAGCUGGGCAGCAUUGCUCAAAAUCUUCAGUUGUUUGCCUGGUGAUGCCAGAGACGUAGAGAAACCCAGUGACAAACGUGGCGUCCCACUGGCUGUG